GUAUAUUUAACUGCAUUGCAAUAUGUUCUCCUGUAGCAUAGAUUGUUAUAUAACCUUAUGAGAAUACAAAUAAUUUAGUCCAUUCUCAGUAUGGUAUACUGUUACAGAGCACAAGGGGAAAACUGUUCAUGUUCUACAUGGAGAAACACAACUUGGAAGUUUAGCCCAUAGUUUAAAUAUACUUCAAGUAAUUCAAGAUAUAUGCUUCAAGACAAGAAGACAAUAACAAGACCUGUGCUUUAUGUCUACAUGCGCAUGUUACGAAAUUCGAGUUCACCACACCAAACAUAAACAGACACGAGACACUAUAUCUAUAACACUGUACAGUUCCAAAAAUACAUAUAACGUGUGAUUAACUUGGUAUCUAGAAAAAAUAAUACUAUGCAGAAGAAAUACAUUGUCAUUUUCAUUUUUUCAAAAAUGUUUGUGAGGAGGAUCAUGAACCUUUAUCAAUUGAAAGAUCCCUUUCCUUCUUUAAAGUAGGCUGCGCAUCUUAUUUAGAGUACUCUAUUGCCUGUAACAGAUGAUUAUGGUUGGCAAAAAAAAGGUUUACGCAUUUUCCAGGGGUAAUUUCGUAACUCGGUGUACUGCAUAAGGAUUUUUUUUUCAGUGCGGAGUCCUUCUGCUGCUACAGUUGGACUCCAUUUGGAUUGGUAAUGAGGAGCUGAGGGUACCACCGCUCAGUUUGGACACAUUUUGUUCAUGCACACCAUUGCCUCACGGCCACCAUCCGUCGGCAGAGCAUCGCUGCACUGCACACACAGAGACUGCGCGGAAAAAAGUGCUGCUCGGAUAAGCCGCUGGGAGAGGACUAGUGGAGAAGGCGAGGAAGAGCGCAACCCGAGAGGCGACUCCAGCGAUAAACAGAGGUGGAGAGAAUCAGAUAUUAUUUUGGUAUUUGCUUCCAAACACUUACUGGUAGCCGUGUCCAGCUCAGAGGUCAAGUGGAGGACAAGCAGUGGAAGACAGGUGUGGAAACUAGAUCUGCUCCUGAGUGUUGGAUGCUCAUCGCUGAGACGCUGCCCUGACUGAGGACAGAGAGAUAGGACAGAGCUCUUGCGGGAGGAUGCCUGUGUGCUGCACGACAGCGCUGGGCAGGAUGAGGACGGCUGCGGUGCUGCUGGUGUUGUUCCUGGGUCACAUCGUCGCGCCUCUGGAAGUCCCCCUUGACCCCAAAGUUCUGGAAGGAUUACCACAACCGCCCACCAUAACCCUGGAGUCACCGAAAGACUACAUCGUGGACCCACGGGAGCACAUCGUCAUCCGCUGCGAAGCCAAAGCAAAACCCCCUCCUAGCUUCUCGUGGACAAGGAACGGAACGCAUUUUGACAUCGACAAGGACCCCAAAGUCAACAUGAGGCCCAACUCGGGAACGCUGGUCGUCGACAUCAGCGGCAAAGACAAAGCCGAGGCAUACGAGGGCGUGUAUCAGUGCACGGCCCGUAACGAACAUGGGACCGCAGUUUCCAACAACAUAGUCAUACGCCAGCCCAUAGACUAUUUAUCCUCCAUUAAAGCCUACUUCCUGGAAGGGUCCCCCUUGUGGUCAAAAGAGGAUAAUCCACCAAUCAUAGUGCAGGAAGGCGCAUCCCUAGUGCUCAAGUGCAGACCGCCUGCUGGACUGCCCCCACCCAUUGUGUUCUGGAUGGAUCACAACUUCCUGAGGCUGCCCCUGAAUCGGCGUGUGUCUCAAGGCCUGAACGGCGACCUGUACUUUUCCAACGCGGUGGUGUCGGAUUCGCGCACUGACUACAUCUGCUACGCCCGCUUCACCCACACGCAGACCAUCCAGCAGAAGCAGCCCAUCACCGUGCGGGUGGUCAACAUGGAUGCAUUCAAUGAGACAUGGCCAGUUUUUUUGAAUGAAACUGAUUUUUUUGGUGACGGUGCGACUGAGGAUCGCCGGCCGUCCUUCCAGGUGCCGUCGGGCCCCACCAGCUCCAAGAUGGUCCUGCGGGGCGAGGUGCUGGAUAUGGAGUGCAUCGCUGAAGGCCUGCCCACUCCUGACAUCACCUGGGCCAAGGUGAGCGGGGAGUUGCCCACCAAACGGUUCACCUAUCACAACUUCCGCAAGAAUCUGCGCAUCACCGGCGUGACGGAAGCGGACGCCGGCCAGUACCGCUGCACCGCCAAGAACACGCUGGGCUCCAUCCACCACGUCAUCACCGUCACCGUUAAAGCUGCUCCCUACUGGAUCAUGGCUCCUCAGAACCUGGUGCUGGCACCCAGAGAGAGGGGCCAGCUGAUCUGCCGCGCCAGUGGCAACCCCAAGCCCACCAUCGGCUGGUUCGUCAACGGCGUGCCCAUCCACAAUGUGCCGGACGACCCCGGCAGGGUAGUUGAGGGUGACACCAUAAUGUUUGAGGAUGUGAUGACUGGAUCCAGUGCUGUGUACCAGUGCAAUGCCUCAAACGAGUACGGCUAUCUGCUAGCCAAUGCCUUUGUCAAUGUGCUGUCCGAGCCGCCCAGAAUGCUGACCCCGCGCGACAAAGUCUAUCAGGUCAUCAUGAAUAAACCUGCCACUCUGGACUGCUCUUCCUUUGGCUCCCCCAUACCCAAAAUCACGUGGUUUAAGGACAGCCAUCCCACUACUCUGGAGGGUGACCCCUACGUGUUCUAUGACAAUGGCACACUGGUGAUCCCAGUGGCUCAGGCCAUGAACAGUGGAAAGUACACCUGUGUGGCGUUGAACAUGCUGGGCAAAUCAGACAAUCAGGUCUACCUGGAGGUCAAAGAGCCUACCCGUAUUCUGAAGCAACCGGAGUAUCAGAAGGUGCAGAGGAACCGGGACGUGGUGUUUGAGUGCAAGGUGAAACACGACCCCUCCCUCAACCCCACCAUGAUCUGGCUGAAGGAUAAUGGAGAGCUGCCCGACGACGAGAGGUUUAUUGUCGACUCUGACAGUCUGACCAUCACCGAGGUGACAGAGAGUGAUGCAGGGACUUACACCUGUAUCAUGAACACCACCCUGGACCAGGACUCGGCAAGCGCUAACCUCAUGGUUGUCGAGGUUGUCAAUGAGCAACCCGACCCACCCAUUGACCUGGAACUGACUGACCAGAAGCCGAGGAGUGUGCAGCUCACCUGGACCCCAGGGAAUGACCACAACAGUCCCAUUAAGAGUUUCCUUAUUCAGUAUGAGGAUUCGCUCCAUGACCGUGGUAACUGGCACAACAUGACAGAGGUCCCUGGCACAAAGAUCACAGCCCACCUCAAGCUGUCUCCCUUUGUCCACUACACAUUUAGGGUGCUGGCUCUAAAUGAGGUCGGCUAUAGCCAUCCUAGUCUGCCCUCCCAACAGUACAGAACCAAGGCAGCAGUACCGGAUGAAAACCCCAUUGGAGUUCAAGGCAUUGGAACUCAACCUGACAACUUGGUUAUAUACUGGAAGCCCUUGACAGGCCUGCAGUCCAAUGGCCCCGGUCUUCAGUAUAUAGUCUUCUGGAAGCAGAGGGGCGUGGACGAAAAUUGGAAAUCUGUGAAAAUAGCCAACGUCUCCAACUUUACAGUUGGGGGGACACCAACCUUCGCGCCGUAUGACGUGAAAGUGCGGUCUGUGAAUGAACACGGUGUUGGGCCCGAGCCCUCAGCUGUCAUCGGUUACUCCGGGGAGGACUUGCCAAUGGCAGCCCCUGACAACGUCCAGGUCCAUGUGAUUAACAGCACCUUGGCAAAUGUCCACUGGGAGCCUGUGUUCUACCAAUCAGUCCGGGGACACCUCAAAGGCUACAAGGUGUACUACUCACGGCAGGGGAGUCUGCACCAUCACAAUCCACACCACGCAGAGCAGCAGGUCAUCACCUUCAACGGCAACAGGACGCACGGCAAGCUGCCAGGCCUGCACCCUUUCAGCCGCUACACCCUCAACGUCAGGGUGUUCAACGGCCGAGGGGAGGGGCCUGCCUGCAGCAACGUGGAGUUUGAGACUCCAGAGGGAGUGCCAGGGAAACCAUCGUUCCUGAACGUUGUGAACCUGAGCCUGGACUCCCUCACCUUGGAGUGGGGCCCUCCUCAUGACCGCAAUGGACGUUUGACCGGUUACACUCUGAAAUACCAGCCAGUCAAUAACAGCAAUGAUCUGGGCCCAUUGGAAGAGCUCACGGUGGCAGCCAAUGAGACAAGGGUCACACUGCUCAACCUCAAGUACAGCACACGCUACAAGUUUUAUUUCAAUGCCAAAACUCUAAAGGGAUCUGGCCCCACCAUUACUGAGGAGGCCUCCACAGUCAUCGAUGAAGGGCACCCAGAACCCCCACCACACCCACACCCACUCUCCCCAACCUCACAGUCUGACCGACACCCCCUCCACAAGGCGCAUCCAAUUGUUCCAGCUUUCGAGAACGCUAGCUUUGCCCUGAGAGAGGACGGAGUGCUUGUCAGUUGGGAGUACUUGGGACCUGAAAACAAAGUUUAUGUCGAAUAUAUUGUAGAAAACAGUAAUGAAGAGUGGAAAAAGGAGAAGGUAAAUAACUCGCAGUCCCAUACGCUAAAGAGGCUAAAGGAGGGCCUGGCGUACAAAGUUCGCGUGGUUGCUAAAGACCACUCUGAUCAAAUGGUCCACAGUUCGGAGGAGCUUUUCGUAACCGUUCCAGCCAUGACCAGUAGGCAGGUGGACAUUGCUACACAGGGCUGGUUCAUCGGCCUCAUGUGUGCCAUUGCCCUCCUCAUCCUCGUCCUCCUCAUUGUCUGCUUCAUCAAGAGAAACAAGGGAGGCAAAUACCCAGUAAAAGAGAAAGAAGAUGCACACGCUGACCCAGAAAUCCAGCCCAUGAAAGAUGAGGACUGUACUUUCGGAGAGUACAGUGACAAUGAUGACCAUAAACCAUUAAAAGGGAGCCGCACCCCGUCCAAUGGCACGGUAAAGAGAGACGACAGUGACGACAGUUUAGUUGACUACGGGGAUGGCGGCGACGGACAGUUCAACGAGGACGGCUCGUUUAUUGGGCAGUAUAGCGGAAAGAAGGAACGGGACACAGCCGAGUGCAUUGAGAGCUCUGAAGCACCGUCCCCUGUUAAUGCCAUGAAUUCUUUUGUGUAACGCGAACCCGAAACGGGGAAGCGUGCCACAACAAAUGUUCCGACAAGCUGACUGAUCGCGCUGUGGACAGACCCUCUAUUGCGUGCACAUUCUAAUAGACACUCAAGCAGAUGGAGGACAGUCAAAGAGACAAGAACAUUUGCAAGGACACAGGCGAGGGGUGGGGGUGGGGGUGGGGGGUUGGUGCAGAAAGGAAGGAGGAGAGAGAUGGAUGUAUUGUAGGUUAUUAAAUGGACAAGCAGACCACAGGCUUUCGAGAGUCUUACAUAUUGUAUAAUUAACUUUAAUUUUGUUCAGUUUUCAGCUAGUGUUGGCUAACAUCUGACCAUCUUCUGCUCAUCAUUUCCACUGAAUGUUAGUGGCAUUAGCACAAUUCAAACAUGCAAAAUUAAACAGACCAGUGACCUUAAGUGGUUGUUUUGCAGGCCUACUUACAGUGCAUCCUCUACAACAUGGAAUGCCUUCAGGUUCUACAUAGAUAUUACUGUAUAUGAAAGGCAGAGGUUUAGUAAUGUACAUUAUUGUGAGAAAACUGAAGUUAUUAUCUCGUCUUUUUUUGUGAGAUGGCAGAUGUUUAUAUACAGGUGCCACAAAUAGGUAUAUUAUUGGACACUGGGGGUGUAGGAAAGAGUGUACAUUUAAGUGCAGUGAACCCUGAUAAAAAGACUGAAGAGACCCUUGGGUUAAAAAAAGCCUAAUUUUCACCUCCACCUUGGUUAUAUUUCACUCCUGAGAAGUUCACAUUGCUGCUGCACGUUCAGCCAAGGAGGCACUAACCCUUGCAUGACCCCACUCUCAGAGCCCCAUCUUCAUGACCUUGACCUGCAUGUGACCUUAUGUGGUUCCCAUGGCAACAAGAGUGGCCCACAGCAGACAGAUGAGGGGGAUUGUGGAAGGACCAGUCUCAGUCUGUCGUGACGGUAUCCCUUCAGUGUGAGGGACCCAAGGAGUGCAGUGUGGCCUUCAGCAUAUAGUGCCUUUGUAGAGAGCUCUGCUUCUAGAUUCCUUUCCAAUAAGCUUCAGCUGCUGGGCUCAGUACCAGUUUCUCAUGGACAUAGCUUUGGCAUUGUAUGGUUGAUACAGGCUGGCUGUGACUGCAUAUUCUAAUCUGUAAUACUAAAGAAAUUUAGGUGACGAUAAGGUGCCUCUAUUGAAUACUAUGACUAUUGGCACAUGCAUUUUUAAUGGUUCUGUCCACCCUUUUUGGUGUCUAAAUAUCUGGUUUGUGUGUGUGUGUGUGUGUGUGCGCGCGUGUGUGGGGGUGUGUGAAUAAGUGUGUAGGUGAGAGCAAGUAAGACAAAUGCGGUGAAGGAGAGAUAUGUCUGUGUUUACAUUUGGUUUCAUACAAUACUUUUUUCAAAUGUAGAAUUCCUUGUCCAUUUCUUACAUCAACAUCAACGACCUUGCUUGGGGAAUGGAAUUGACUUUUGUGAUUUGGUUUUUCAUAACUUGCAUCAAGUUUUAAGUUUGAGUUCGGCUGUAUGCAUUUUAUAUGUAGAUAUGUUAUUGUUUUGUAAAUAUUUGGACUUGUUUGGGCUUAAGAAACAGACAGGAAAGCCUAACAAGGCACCAAUGAAAGAUGCAGAUGGUAUGACCUGUUGAUGGUGUUGUGUUCAAUAUUAUCUUCUUUUUUUCUGAGCAUCGUGUAUUGCAAUACGCAUAGUGGGUGGUUUCUCAACACCCUUUCAAAGUGGUUUCCAAGAUUUCUCAGCUAUGACAGUAUUUCUUUUUUUCAUACAGCUCCUCUAUAUGUAUGUAUGCUAAAAUAAUAAAAUUCUGGUAAUUUGCCACAGUCAUGUGCGGUAUGGGGCUUGGGUUAAUAGUUGUACAGGCUCCAAAGCAGACUGCUUCAUGGAAACAGGUCUCAUGGCAGAGGAACUGUGGAUAUGUCGGGAGUGAACUUGUUUCCUUUUUCCCAGGGUGAAUUGCAAGCAUGUAAUUGGUGUUAAAGGUGAAUGCCAGUGAUUUUCUUUUUAUUUGACAUUUUAUUUGCUCAUUCAGAAGUAAAUAAAUACACUAAGAGCAUUUCAGAAUAAACGGGGCCAUUCUAGAGGAGGCCAAGUGUGUAAAUGAUGGCAGUAGAGUAACAAAUGGGUUUAUACUCUCUAAACAUCACUACAAGCACCAUUACAUGAGGCUUUUGCAGGAAAUGGAACUGCUGAUGUGCUAACUAUUUCAACAAGUGACAAAUGGGACUGAAGCACCUUUUAUUUGUUGUUAUUGUGUCCCUGCUCUGUAAAGGUAGUCUUUACAGAAAAGCAAGCAAUACCAGCGGAAAAACCCGUAGCCUCUAGAAUGGUCCAAUUUAUUCUGAAUAUUUUUUCUGAAACCUUCUCAAAACAUCUGUGUAUUUCUUGCUGAGCAACAAAUCGUGUAACUUUGACCUAUAUCAGGCAUUUUCCUUUUAUGAGUCCCUUUGCAAGGCCGCAGCCCUGACUACCACCAUGUUCCACAAAGUGCCAGUGAGGCUUACUGCCAUAGCGUUUCUUCCUGGAUGCCCUGUGGAUUGCUUAAUGUGUAUUGGAUUUUGUAUUCACACUGAUGACACCAUGUUAUUUUCUGGAGUUUACUAACAGUUUUAUUUUAUGUGUUCUUUUUAUUUAAGUUCCUCCAUAUGAGAGUUUGAGAAUGAAAUUUGAGAAAUUCUAAAUACUGUAUAAUAUUGAAUGAAUAAAUAUAAUUAUCUGUAAA